AUGGAAGAAACUAAAACAAACACAAAGUCAAAUAAGGUCGAGAAGACCCAGUCGUCUCCUCAUAUUCCAAAGAACAAUGACAGUUACUUUAAUCAUUAUAAUGGGUAUGUUUACAACUUUAAAACUUGGAUAUACGAUAUGUUCAUCUUAUUGCUAAGCAUUCUGUUUAAAAUUUUCUUUAGAGAAAUCAAAAUUAGAGGUGGACAUAAUGUGCCACCAAUCGGCACACCAACUAUUCUGGUGUGUGCUCCUCAUGCGAACCAAUUUAUUGAUCCAUCUCUGGUCAUGGUGGCAACACGAACAAUGUUAUCAUCCGAAGAGUCUCUAGAUCCAAACAGAUCAAGACAAACGUGUUUUGUUACAGCAGCUUCAAGUUUCAAGUUGCCUGUAGUGGCUCAAUUUGGUAUUGCUACAGGUGGCAUUCCAGUACCAAGAGCUCAAGAUAAUUUGAAGGAUGUAGAUCCAAGUCUAAUAAUAUAUGCCCCAGAUUUGAAAAAUUCGCCAAAUUUAAUAAAAGGUAAAGUCGCUGAUCCAUUAGUUGACAAAGUUAGUUUAAACUUCACUACAAGGUUCGAACCUAAAGGUCUCUUGGGUUUACCUAAUUAUUUGGCAAAUGCAAAAAUAGAAAAAAUCAUUGACGAUGACACAAUUCUUCUGGCUUCUCCAUUUAGAAAUAUAGACUCAAAAAUUCAAAAAAAGAUUGAUAAUUAUCUAAUCAAUGGUACUACUUUCAGAUAUGCACAAAAGAUAGAUAACUCAAAAGUUUUCCAAAAUGUUUUCAAUCAUUUGCAUACCAGAGGUUGCGUCGGGAUUUUUCCAGAAGGUGGUUCUCAUGAUAGACCAUCUCUCUUACCACUUAAAGCAGGUAUAGCAAUUAUGGCAUUAGGUGCUGUGGCAGCAAGUCCAGAUUUAAAAGUUUCCAUAGUUCCUGUCGGAUUAAAUUAUUUCCAUAGAAAUAAAUUCAGAUCAAGAGCCGUAAUAGAGUAUGGUGAACCUAUAGUUGUUGAUAAUACAAUGGGUGAAGAAUAUAUAAAAGAUUCUCGUGGUUCUGUAUCAAAUUUGUUGAAAAAAAUAUCAAACUCUCUUUAUGCAGUUACUGAAAAUGCUCCAGAUUACGAAACUUUGAUGGUUAUUCAGGCAGCUCGUAGAUUAUACAAGCCAGCUUUACAUAAUAAGAGACUCCCACUAACUGUUGUUUGCAAAAUUAACAGGAACUUAUUAUUAGGGUAUUCUAAAUUUAAAGAUGAUGAGAGAAUUGUCAAUUUGAAAAAAGCUGUUCUAAACUACAAUAAGAAACUACACUCUUUUGGAAUAAAGGACCAUCAAGUUGAACAAUUGAAAAUAGGAUGGAUAAAUACAGCCAGAACACUUGCAAUUUUUGUAAAGAGAGUGUUAUUUUUAACUUUUUACUUCAUUUUAUCGUUACCAGGUUCAAUAUUAUUUACACCAAUUUUUGUCACUGCUCACUAUUAUUCUAAGAGGAAACAAGUACAAGGUUUGAAGAAGUCCGUUGUCAAAAUAAAAGGUUUAGACUUAAUCGCAACUUGGAAGAUUAUAGUAGCCUUAGGCAUGGCUCCAAUAUUGUACAUUACUUAUUCGUUGAUUUUAGUCUCUUUAUGUAAUAGCAUAAAGUUCAAUGGCUUAGUGAAUUGGAUGUAUAUUCCAUUCAAUAACAAAUUCUUACAAUUUGGUUACUUUUACUUGAUUUUGGUGUUAAUUUCCUAUUCAAGUUUAAAGACAGGUGAAGUUGGAAUGGAUGUAUUCAAAUCGCUACCUCCAUUAUUUGUCACAUUAUUUUAUCCAAGUAAAAAUAUUAAAGAAAUCAAACUGCAACGUAGUAAACUAAGUACGGAAAUAACCAAUAUUUGCAACGAACUUGGUCCUGAAGUGAUUUCUGACUUUGACAAAUAUAAGACAGUAAAUACUGACUCAGAGAAGGAAUCAUCUUCGCAAUCACCAUCCUUAUACGGUCACAGUCGUUCUUCCUCUAUCAAUUCGCUAUUUUCAAAUGCGUUAUCAAGAGUUAAUUCUAGAGGUUCGUUAACUGAUAUUCCUAUUCUAGGUGACGGUAUGACUCAGUCAAUGAGGUUAGAAUACAUAAACAAGGCCUACAAAAGUGAUGCCGUAGGUAGCGAAACCGAACCAGAAUCAGAACCAGAAUCGAAAAAUGGAAUUCCAUCCAAGAUCGCUGAUUUGGUGAGAGAAAAGCGUCAAAAUAACGAACAAGGUUAA